AUGGAGCAUUAUCAAAAUGUAUCAGGUAAAAAGGCUAGAGCUAGAAGAAUGUUGCUUUUGAAAGAAAUCCGGUCUAAACGUCAAAAAGUUAGUCCUCAACAAAUAGUAAGUGGCCAGACUGUGAUAAAUAAUCCUACCUUCCACACUCCAAGACAACCUUUGUCCGACCUUACUCAGGCAUUCCAAAAUAUUAUUACAAGAACACCGGUUGAUCAACAUUCUGUUACUCCAAAUGUCAGCGACGCAGGGACAGAACCUAGCCUAUUAAUACACGGUUUUAAAAAUCUGAGAAGCUGCCACAUAGGCUCCUUAGGAACAAAUCUUUACUCAAAGUUUGCAUCAACUUCUACACAUAAGGAGAAUGAUACUUUUGGUCUUCCGAGCAAAACUAACCAGCACCCCCUUCCGCUUCAUGAAAACAACGUCGUUCGAGCCGGAAGUUCUUCUAAUAGAGCCACAUUAGUAUGUCCACCGGAAUCCAAGACAGCUCGGGGACGGCCUAGAAAUCAAUAUGGAGUUCCAAAUAUGGCGCUUAACUUGUGCAGAAAGAUUCCUACACCAACGAAUACGCAACAAACUGACAUGCAAACUCAGACCUCAAAUGCAAACCCACAGCCUUGGUCUUCAGCAUUCCCAAAACGUGGCAGGGGCAGGCCUAGGAAAAAUACCAGUGCUCCUAACCUCCCUAUGAAUCAUAAUACAGAGGUAUACAGCCAAACAAUUAACAGGAAACAGUCUAUUCCAAGUGAAGUCUGCAGAUCAAGCGAAGUUGUUAAACAAUAUGUCCAUGGAAUUCAAGUACCGCAAAAUAGUGGCAGUCUUCGUCGUGACGAGUAUACGCCGGUCUCAACGCCUACACAUGCUCCCAACAAUCGAAAGACGCCAACAUGUCCAGUUUUUACACCUACGGUCAAUUUGGAUUUUAAUAGCGACUCAGACAGUGAUAGCGACUACGACCCCUUUGCAACAUAUCUAUCCGAGGAUGAGAACUUCUCGGAGGACGAAGAUUAUGAUGCUCCUUUCAUAAUUCAUGAUAAUGCUGCCGGCCAUUCUCAAGAAUAUUACGAUAUCGGAUCCCCCCUUAUUGAGUGCCGUUAUUGUAAAGCGAUGAUGUGGUAUCAAGAGAGAAUGCAUAAAAGUUCUCAUUCCGCCAACCCACAGUUUAUGAUGUGUUGUGGAAACGGGAAAGUUGAACUCCCACUGCUUAGAGAGCCUCCGGAAACCCUUGCAAAACUUUUGUUUGAUCACGAGAGUUUGGUUAGUCGCAAGUUCCAACAACAAAUCCGAGUAUACAACAUGAUGUUUGCAUUCACGUCACCAGGGGCAAAGGUUGACAAUCGAUUUAACAAUGGACGUGGGCCUCCAACACUAAGGAUACAAGGUCAAACAUGUCACCGAAUAGGAAGUUUGUUGCCUCCGCAAGGUCAAAAACCUAAGUUUGCUCAGUUAUAUAUUUAUGACACGGAAAAUGAAGUUGAAAAUCGAAUGCAUGGACUAAGGAACAAAGAAGAUUUUGAUCCGGAAGUUGUCAGUCGAUUAGCAAGCAUGUUGUAUCAAUUCAAUCCUCAUGCUAAAAGUUUUCAAAUGGCUAAACAAUGGUUAAAUAAUGGUGAAACUCCAAAUUUAAAGCUACGGCUCAUUUCAAACCGAUCCACGGAUGGCAGGGUCUAUAAUCAGCCAACCGUGUCUGAAGUGGCUGCUUUGGUUGUUGGUGACAUUGACACCGCAGAAAUGAGGGAUAUCAUAAUGCAGACAAAGGGAGGAAGACUUCAAAGAAUCAACGAGCUUCAUGCCGCUUACAUGGCUUACCAGUAUCCUUUGAUAUUUCCUUAUGGUGAGGACGGUUAUAGACCUGAUGUUGCAAAUAGAGACUUGCCCGCCAACGAAAACAGCAUAAGAAAUAGGCUCACAAUACGCGAAUGGCUUGCCUUCCGCAUUCAAACAAGGUUAUGUGAGGCUAAGACUUUGUUAUCUUCGAGAAGGUUGUUCCAACAAUUCCUGGUUGAUGGUUACACGAUGUUAGAAUCCGAGAAACUAGAAUGGCUACGUAAAAAUCAACCAAAGCUUCGAGUGACAAAGUACAACUCUUUAGAGAAAGAAGGCGAUCAAAGUCAGGCGCCAGGAAUAAGCAUAGGUAAGCGAGUUGUUUUGCCUUCUUCCUUUGUUGGCGGCCGUAGGUUUAUGGAUCAGUUGUAUUAUGAUGGGAUGGCUAUAUGCAGUAAAGUCGGAUUUCCCGAUUUGUUUAUUACUUUUACAUGUAACCCAAAUUGGCCGGAGAUUCAAAGGGUUCUCGGACCUCUACAUUUGAAGCCUCAAGAUCGUCCGGAUGUCAUUUCAAGAGUUUUCAAAAUCAAAUUCGAUCAACUCCUUUCAGAUUUAACCAAAAAAGGAGUUCUUGGAAAAGUGCUUGCUUAUAUGUACACCAUUGAGUUCCAAAAGAGAGGAUUACCUCAUGCCCAUAUAUUGCUGUUUUUGCAUCCUUCAAACAAAUAUCCAACGCCCGAUGACAUUGACAAGAUCAUUAGUGCGGAUGUACCAGACCCCAGAAGACACCCUCGGUUAUACAAUUUGGUAAAAUCUCACAUGGUCCAUGGUCCUUGUGGUUUUGCAAAUCUCAACUCACCUUGCAUGAAGGAUAACAAGUACACCAAGUUUUAUCCUAAGAAAUUUCAGCCUACGACUAUAGUGGAUCACGAGGGAUAUCUGGUUUAUAGGAGAAGAAACAACGGACACACAAUUGAAAAGCACGACAUCAUCUUUCAUAGUGGUCAUGUGGUUCCUCACAAUCCAAGUUUGCUGUUGAAAUACGAAGCCCACAUCAACAUGGAAUGGUGCAACCAAAGUACUUCCAUUAAAUACCUUUUCAAAUAUAUCAACAAAGGUUCGGACCGUAUUUCUGCAAUCAUACAAGGACAGGACAAAAACAACGUUGACGAGAUCAAGCAAUAUUUGGAUUGUCGAUACAUCUCCCCGAGUGAGGCAUGUUGGAGGAUCUUUUCUUAUUCUAUACAUGGAAGGAAGCCCGCUGUAGAGAGACUGUUUUUUCAUUUGGAAGGUGAAAACUCCGUGUACUACAAAGACUACGAGCAAGUUGGUGAUGUUUUACUCAAACCAAGUGUCACCGAGUCAAUGUUUACAUCUUGGUUUGAGGCAAACAAAACUUACGAGGAAGCAAGAUUGCUAACUUAUGGUGACUUCGUUUCUAAAUUUGUUUAUCAUAAAAGAAGUCGGACUUGGAAGCCAAGGAAAAGAGGAUAUACCAUUGGUCGACUCAUUUGGGUUCCUCAAAGCACUGGUGAAUUGUUUUAUUUAAGAAUGAUGCUCCCUGUCACAAAGGGUCCUUUGUGCUAUAAAGACAUUAAGAAAGUUGAUGGAAAGCAACUAAAAACUUAUAGGGACGCUUGCUUUGCGAUGGGAUUUCUACAAGAUGAUCGAGAAUUUGUCGAGGCUAUCAAAGAGGCGCAUCUUUGGGGUUCCGGUCCAUUUUUACGCAAGUUAUUUGUGACAAUGUUGUAA